AUGGAGUUCAAAAACAAAACAGCAACAUUAGAAUUCAUACUUCUGGGAUUUACAAAUGAUCCACAACUGCAGCUCCUCAUCUUCAUCCUGUUCCUAGUUAUCUACCUGGUCACCAUCCUGGGAAACCUACUCAUCAUUCUGGCUGUCAGUUCUUACUCCCACCUCCACAUCACCAUGUACUUCUUCCUCUCCACCCUGUCCCUUCAUGACAUCUGUUUAAGCACAACCACUGUCCCACAUAUGCUGGUGAACAUCCAAACACAGGAUCAGAGCAUCACCUACACGGCCUGCCUUUCUUAGACUAGUGUGGCCUUGAUUUUGGUUGGUUUGGAAAAUUGUCUCCUUGCAGUAAUGGUCUAUGACCGCUAUGUGGCCAUUUGUCACCCCCUGAGGUACAAGGUCAAUCUGACCCCCUGCUUCUGUAUCCUGUUGGUUCUGCUCUCCUUGCUCAUUAGCACAGUGCAUGCCCUGCUCCACAUUCUGAUGGCACUGCAGCUGUCCUUCUGCACAGACCUGGAAAUCCCUCACUUAUUCUGUGAACUUGCUCAGGUCAUCAAGCUUACAUGUUCUGAUACCUUCACGAAUAACUUUUUAAUAUAUUUAGUAGCUAGUCUAUUUGGUGGUGUUUCUGUCUUUGGGAUUACUUUCUCUUAUAUCCAAAUUGUCUCCUCUAUUUUAAGUAUCUCUUCAGUGGGGGGAAGAUAUAAAGCUUUUUCCACCUGUGGGUCUCAUCUCUCAGUGGUGUCCUUGUUCUAUGGAACAGCUUAUACAGUGCACAUGAGUUCUACAGUUGCAGACUCUCCCAUUAAGAAUGCAGUGGUUUCAAUGAUGUAUAUUGUGGUCCCACAAAUGCUGAACCCAUUUAUCUACAGUUUGAGGAACAGAGAAAUGAAAGUUGCUUUGAAGAAGCUCAUCACAUGAAUACCUGUUCUCUAA